UUGGUUUGUUCAGUGGCACAUCACCUCACCUGAGCAGCUAUCAUUCAGUUUCAGAGCAAGCUGAUAUGGUUGGGGUUUGGUCGCUGGUUGGUUCACUAAGGAAAUAUGCUUCAACUUGACUAAUUAUCCAGAUAUUAUCCCCAUACCUCGGGGGUAAUCGUCGAUAAAGUAACUUAAACGUUGACGUAACAUCCAGUGCAUGCAAAAUAAUAGGGGAUUGGACGGGUUAGUAGGCUUUAAUGUUUCGUUACGCCUUGUGAGCGAGCUAACGUUAGCUAAGCCCCUUCCCAGAGACGGAGCAUUGAUGUUUACUGUAGUUAACUAGCUCCGACAGUGCGUCACCAUUCAAGAUGGACACCGCGGAGGAAGCGGACAUAUGCAGGGUGUGUCGUUCGGAGGGAACUCCGGACAAGCCCCUCUAUCACCCCUGCGUCUGCACCGGCAGUAUAAAAUUCAUCCACCAAGAAUGCUUGGUUCAGUGGCUGAAGCACAGUCGGAAAGAAUACUGUGAAUUAUGCAAGCACAGGUUUGCUUUCACGCCAAUUUACUCUCCAGACAUGCCUUCCCGCCUCCCUGUCCAGGACAUUUUCGCAGGGCUGGUGACCAGCGUCGGUACGGCCAUCCGAUACUGGUUCCACUACACGCUGGUGGCCUUCGCCUGGCUGGGAGUGGUUCCCCUCACUGCCUGUCGUAUCUAUAAGUGUCUGUUUACUGGCUCCGUGAGCUCUCUCCUAACUCUGCCACUGGACAUGCUGUCUACAGAGAACCUUCUGGCAGACUGUCUGCAGGGCUGCUUUGUGGUCACCUGCACGCUGUGCGCCUUCAUCAGCCUGGUGUGGCUGCGUGAGCAGAUCGUCCAUGGUGGCGCCCCCCAGUGGCUGGAGCACAAUCUGCAGCAGCCCGCCAACGCAGCCGGCCAGCCCAACGAGGCCCCCGGAGCAGGGAACGGGGGCGAGGAGCAGCAGCCGGCCCCCCCUCCCGCUGACCCCCCAGCGGAGAACGCUCCUCCUGAGGCCCCCGACCUCCCGGCUGACCCCGCCGACGACGCGGAGGCCGACAACGAGGAGGAGGAGGAGGCUGGAGCUGAGGACGCCGCGGAGGAGAACAACGGAGGCCAAGAUGACAUGAACUGGAAUGCACUGGAAUGGGAUCGUGCUGCAGAGGAGCUUACCUGGGAACGGAUGCUUGGACUGGAUGGCUCCCUGGUCUUCCUGGAGCACGUCUUCUGGGUGGUCUCGCUGAAUACACUCUUCAUUCUCGUGUUCGCUUUCUGUCCCUAUCAUAUUGGACACUUCUCGGUUGUGGGCCUUGGAUUUGAGGAAUAUGUCCUGGCCUCACAUUUCGAGGGCCUCAUCACAACCAUUGUGGGAUACAUCCUCUUAGCCCUCACACUCAUCCUGUGUCACGGCUUGGCAGCAUUGCUGAGGUUCCAAAGGUCCCGACGAUUAUUAGGAGUCUGCUACAUUGUUGUGAAGGUUUCGUUAUUGGUUGUCGUGGAGAUAGGAGUCUUCCCCCUCAUCUGCGGCUGGUGGCUUGAUAUUUGCUCCCUGGAGAUGUUUGAUGCCUCUCUGAAGGACCGAGAGCUUAGCUUCCAGUCCGCCCCAGGCACUACCAUGUUCCUGCACUGGCUCGUGGGAAUGGUCUACGUCUUCUACUUCGCUUCCUUCAUACUGCUGCUUCGGGAGGUCCUCAGGCCCGGAGUGCUGUGGUUUCUGAGAAACCUGAACGAUCCCGAUUUUAACCCGGUCCAGGAGAUGAUCCACCUGCCGAUAUACAGACAUUUGAGAAGAUUUAUUUUAUCAGUGGUGGUUUUUGGGUCUAUUGUGCUUCUGAUGCUGUGGCUUCCUAUUCGAAUUAUCAAGUUGAUUUUACCCAGCUUUCUUCCCUACAACGUCAUGCUGUACAGCGACGCCCCGGUGAGCGAGCUCUCCCUAGAGCUCCUCCUGCUGCAGGUGGUUCUGCCGGCCCUGCUGGAGCAGGGCCACACUCGCCAGUGGCUCAAGGGCCUUGUGCGCGCCUGGACUGUCUCCGCCGGGUACCUGCUAGAUCUCCACUCAUACCUUCUGGGAGACCAGGAGGAGAGUGACAACAACGGCAACCAGGCGGCCAAUAACAACGCCCAGCCCCGCAACAACAACGCGCUGCCCGUGGCGGGGGAGGGGCUUCACGCCGCCCAUCAGGCCAUCCUCCAGCAGGGCGGGCCUGUGGGCUUCCAGCCCUACCACCGGCCAAUGAGGUUCCCCUUCCGGAUCAUGUUGCUGAUCGUGUUCAUGUGCUUCACCCUGCUGGUGGCCAGCCUGGUUUGCCUCACCUUGCCUGUGUUCUCGGGGCGCUGGCUGAUGUCGUUCUGGACGGGCAGUGCUAAGAUCCACGAGCUCUACACGGCAGCAUGCGGCCUGUACAUGUGCUGGCUGUCCAUCAGGGCCAUCACCGUGCUCCUGGCCUGGAUGCCCCAGGGCCGCACCGUCAUCCUGCUCAAGGUCCAGGAGUGGACCCUCAUGAUAGUGAAGACGCUGAUUGUGGCGGUCAUGCUGGCUGGUGUGAUCCCUCUGCUGCUGGGCCUGCUCUUUGACCUGGUCAUUGUGGCUCCUCUGAGAGUUCCCCUGGACCAGACGCCCCUCUUUUACCCCUGGCAGGACUGGGCUCUGGGAGUUCUCCACGCUAAAAUCAUCGCUGCCAUCACCCUCAUGGGCCCUCAGUGGUGGCUGAAGACCGUGAUUGAGCAGGUCUACGCCAACGGGAUCCGCAACAUCGACCUGCACUUCAUCCUGCGCAGACUGGCGGCCCCAGUGAUGGCCAUGCUGCUGCUGGCCCUGAGCGUGCCCUACAUCAUCGCCGCGGGCGUGGUGCCCCUCAUGGGCGUUACCAUGGAGAUGCAGAACCUGGUGCAGCGCCGGAUCUACCCCUUCCUGCUGAUGGUGGUGGUGCUCAUGGGAAUCCUCUCCUUCCAGCUGAGGCAGUUCAAGCGCCUCUACGAGCACAUCAAGAACGACAAGUACCUGGUUGGGCAGAGACUUGUGAACUACGAGCGCAAGGCGGCCAAAUCCAGCCCUGCGCCCCCGCCCAGCUCUCCCUGAGGGCAGCACUCACACCGCACUCCCCAUCCAAACUUGCUGUGCCCCCCCCUCUGUGGCCCCCCUUCAUCCUGCUUUUAAGCAUUUCCCCACAAGUGUACAUGUGUAAAUACGCAAAACCCAAAUUAAAAAACAACAAAAAAAAAACUUUGAUUAAAAGAAUGUGAAUUGUACAUCUUUAAAAUGAAGAGAAAAAGAAAAAAAAGUUUAUUAAUUUAUUACAUUUAGUUUGCACUUUACCUGCAACCAGUUGUUUUACCAAGACGCUGAUUGGGUGCUGUCCUCAGGGUCAGGGGUCAGCAGUGAAGAACAGCAGAAUGGAUCUUGUAGUUUUACCCAUGAUGUUUUUUAAGGGGUAGAAUUUAAUUCUACACUGAUGAGUAGGGGGAAACAAGAAGUUCAGCUUGUAAACUGUAUUGGGUGCAAGUUUAUUAAUAAACUAUUAUAUGUUUUGUAACAUAUGUAAUAUAACUCAUUACACUCAGUACAUUGACUAACCAUAAAACGCUAAUACUA